AUGCCAUGGCGCGGGGCGAGGGAGCCCGGAGCGGCGAGGGAUCCGAGCCCCUCAGGCCAGGCCGGGCCGGGUCGGGCUGGGGGCCGCCACCAACUCCUUUGGCUGCGUCCGGGCCCGGGCCGUGAUGUAAAAGCAAAAGCGGAGAGCCGGGGGUCUGGGGAAUCGACGGAUCAGAUGAGCCGGAUUCUGGCAGUGACGCCAGCAGCGGAGAAGAUCUGCUAUUAUUACGGUGGGCAUCGAUCCGCGAGCCAGAGAGGGGAUCGGGGCGCGUGCCGAUCGGACGGCCGGGAGAUGCGGGAGCUGUGGGAGCGCGCCUUGAAGUGGUCUGCUUUGUUGACCUGGAGAGCGGGCAUUCAAUUUGUCCUUUCCCUCCUUUACUUUAUUCUAUUUCCGGCUCCGGAGUUCCGGAGUCCCGGCCCGGCCCUCGCGCCCGGCGAAUCACCUGCUCCGCCUCCUUGCGGCCGCUGCUUCGCAUUCGCCACUCUCUUUCGCUUUGUCUGCCCUCCCCUCCUCCCCCCUCCGUCGCAGCCCUCGCUCUUUCCCCUCUGACAGUCCCCGUCCUGCGGCUGCCUCCCGUACUCCCCCGCCCCUCGUCCCGAGGCUUUUCUCUGGACCACGCCAAUCUGUACGCGACACCUUCCCGGCCCGCUCAUGAUUCGAUACAAUUACUCCUCUGCUGCGAAUCCUCUUGCACCCUCUCGCACCCUCUUGCACCUGUUUCCACUUCCACUUCCUGCUGGUGCCAUUGACCCGUCAGUCAGUGUACUGGGCAGGUGUUGUUGUGAAGGCUAUUUUAUGUGUUCUGCGCCGCACGUCGUCGUGCGCACCGGGCUACUGUCUUCGCCGUGUCGAUCGAAGUGCUCCGUGGCUUGAGAGUGAGGGAAGUAUGCCGAUUAGCAGAAUUGCAGAAGCUCCGGGGCUGAAGGAGCGGCAGCGUGGGCGUUUCUUCGUUCCUGGCGAGGAAGAGGAAAGGAGGAGAAAUGCAUGUCUGUGAGUGACUGCAAUCCAUACUUCGGAGUGAGGGAGAAGGCUUCGUGACAAGUGGCAGCGACGCUCAGAGAAGAAUGCAGAUACAACCUUCUUUCGAGUUGUGCCUGUUUAUGUCAUUCUGUUAUGGUAGUUGGUAUUUUAACCCCAGGUUGCAGUCAUUUAUUGACUACGAGGAAGUCUGUUGCGCUUUGUACUCCUGUCGUUCUUUCUGUCCUGUAGUCUAACGUUCGUGAUAAAUCAUCGCCUCUCAUGAUGAUCUCUCACUGGGCUGGGCUCUUGAACAUCCGCUGGCCAAAAAGUACUCAGAAUUCUGCAAUUCGACGUUCCGUGUAAGGUCUGUCUUUACCCUCACGACGACAAAACUAUUGGUUCCGAAGCAAUCAUUUGAUACUUCGUGUUUUAAGCUACACUCUACAAAAUCUCUAUGAUUGAAUUGGGAGGCACCCGUUUGCUCAUAUGCACUUCCAUACACAAAUUGUCUACAAUGGUAAGGAAAAGGAUCGUUCUUAGAUUGGCAUGUGAAGAAGACAACGUGUGCUAGCCGUUCACGGCUGUCUGUAAAAGUAAGCACGCAGAA